AUGGAAUUUACAGCUGAGGAUUCUUCAUCUUGUUUCUUCAUUGCUGUAAGCUUCUUAGGAACUUUCACUUCCUGGCCCCCUGAUUACUGCAUUUGUCAUGCUGAUCUGACAGAGAAAGCAGUAUGGCAGUCCCAGGUGAGAUCCUGGUCUGUUGCUGUGAUUUCCGUAGCACUCCUCUGUGCUUGUUUCAUUGUGAGCUGUGUGGUGACUUAUCAUUUUUCAUAUGGCAAAACUGACAAAAGGUUGUUUGAACUACACACAUAUCAUUCAAGUUUAACCUGCUUCAGUGAAGGGACAAGCGUGGCAGCGUGUUGCCCGAAUACUUGGAAAUCAUUUGGUUCCGGCUGCUACUUCCUUUCUACUGAACAGAAUUUUUGGUCAAAGAAUCAGCAGAACUGUGUUGUAACGGGUGCUCAUUUGGUGGCAAUCAACACAGAAGCAGAGCAGGUACGUUAUUUUGCAUUAAAUUUUUUUUUAGUUGUGGAAGAAAAUACAGAAUUUACCAUCUGAACUGUUUUUUUGUUUGUUUGUUGGGCUUGGAGCCCAAAGAGGGGCUUGAACUCACAACCCUGAGAUCAAGACCUGAGCUGAAAUCAAGAGUUGGACACUUAACCGACUGAUCCACCCAGGUGCCCCUGAACUGUUUUUAAAUGUACAGUUCAGUAGUGUUAACUAUAUUCACAUUGUUGAAAAAGAUCUCUACAACUUCUUCAUCUUGUAAAACUGAAACUUUAUGCGAUUUAGCAAUGACUACCCAUUACUCCCUCCCUACAGUCCCUGGCAACCACCAUGCCUGCUAUUCUCUGCUUGAAUAAGUUUGACUACUUUAAAUACCUCAUAUAAGUGGAACCAUACAGUAUUUGUCUUUUUGUGACUGCCUUAUUUCACUUAAUAUAAUGUCCUCAAAGUUCAUUUAUGUUGUAGCAGUGACAGGAUUCUCUUCCUUUUUAAGGCUGAAUAAUAUUCCAUUGUACAUAUACUGCAUAUCAUUUAUCCAUUCAAGUGUUGAUGGACAUUUAGGAUGCUUUUACCUCUUGGCUUUUGUGACUAAUGCUACAGUGAACUUGGGUAUGCAAAUGUCUCUAUGAGAUUUGCUUUCAGUUACAUUGGAUAUAUACCCGGAAGUUGGAUUUCUGGAUCAUAUGGUAAUUCUUUUUUUUUUUUUAAGAUUUUAUUUAUUUAUUCGACAGAGAUAGAGACAGCCAGCGAGAGAGGGAACACAAGCAGAAGGAGUGGGAGAGGAAGAAGCCGG